AUGCGGGUCACGCUCCUGCCUGUACUCCAGGAGAGACGCAACUUCGUCCUGGGGAACGCCCAGGUGCAGGUCGCUCUACCCCAUCGGUACUGCUCCGACGGCUUCUGCGAGCUCACCGGCUACGCCCUGCCGAGCUCAUGCAGAAGAGCUGCGCCUGUACACUUCCUGUACGGCCCGAAACCAGUGACCGAAUCCACGGCUCAGAUCCAUGGAGCGCUGGACUACCGGAGGGAGUUCAGGACCGAGCUGGUUUUCUACAAGAAGGAAGGAACUCAGUUCUGGUGUCUCCUGGACAUCGUACCCAUCAAGAAUGAGAAGGGAGAGGUGGUCCUGUUCCUCGUGUCCCACAAAGACAUCACAGACAAGAAGAAGGACCAGGACCCGGACCAGGGUCCUGAUAUGGACGAGGAGACGGGUCUGGAGGUGCAUCAGGUCACUCGCCCGUCGGGCUUCAACGCCAACCGGCGCCGCAGCAGAGCCGUGCUCUACCACCUGUCGGGACACCUGCAGAAACAGGACAAGAGCAAGCUGAAGAUCAACAACAACAUGUUUGGCGAGAAGCCUCCGAUCCCGGAGUACAAGGUGGCCGCCAUCCAGAAGUCGCGCUUCAUCCUGCUGCACUACGGGACCUUCAAGGCGGGCUGGGACUGGCUGAUCCUGCUGGCCACCUUCUACGUGGCCGUCACCGUGCCACUACAACGUGUGCUUCAGCGUGGCGGCUGGGCGCGGGACGAGGGCCCCCCCGGCGCCCUGCGCAGCCCGCCCAGCGUCAGCGACAUCCUGGUGGAGAUCCUCUUCAUUUUAGACAUCGUGCUGAACUUCCGGACCACCUUCGUGAGCACGUCGGGCCAGGUGGUGUACGACGCCCGCUCCAUCUGCGUCCACUACGUCACCACCUGGCUGUUCGUGGACCUGAUCGCCGCGCUGCCCUUCGACCUGCUGUACGCCUUCAACGUCAGCGUGUACUUCGGCGUCCACCUGCUGAAGACGGUGCGGCUGCUGCGCCUGCUGCGCCUGCUGCAGAAGCUGGAGCGCUACUCGCAGUACAGCGCCGUGGUGCUGACGCUGCUCAUGUCCAUGUUCGCCCUGCUGGCCCACUGGAUGGCCUGCGUCUGGUACUUCAUCGGCCGCCGGGAGAUCGAGAGCCCCGGAUCCUGGGACAUCGGUUGGCUCCACGAGCUGGCCAAGCGCCUGGGCACGCCCUACUUCCUGUCCUCGCUCUCCACGCUGGCGCCCUCUACUGGCCUCCCGUCCAACGGCUCCUCGCAGUGGAACGCCUCGGCGCCGGAGGCCGGGACGGCGGAGCCGUGGAACGCCAGCCAGUCCUACGGGAACGCCUCGGGCGCCGGCGCCGUGCUGGGCGGCGGCCCGUCCAUGCGCAGCAGCUACGUCACCUCGCUCUACUUCGCCCUGAGCAGCCUGACCAGCGUCGGCUUCGGCAACGUGUCGGCCAACACCGACUCGGAGAAGAUCUUCUCCAUCUGCACCAUGCUCAUCGGCGCGCUGAUGCACGCCGUGGUGUUCGGCAACGUGACGGCCAUCAUCCAGAGGAUGUACUCCCGCCGCUCGCUCUACCACACGCGCACCAAAGACCUGAAGGACUUCAUCCGGGUCCACCGGCUGCCCAAGGCCCUGGAGCAGCGCAUGCUGGAGUGCUUCCAGACCAUGUGGUCGGUCAACAACGGCAUCGACGUCAGCGAGCUCCUGAAGGACUUCCCGGACGAGCUGAGGGCCGACAUCGCCAUGCACCUGAACAAGGAGCUGCUGCAGCUGCCGCUGUUCGAGUCGGCCAGCCGCGGCUGCCUGCGCUCGCUCUCCCUCAUCAUCAAGACGUCCUUCUGCGCGCCCGGCGAGUUCCUCAUCCGGCAGGGCGACGCCCUGCAGGCCAUCUACUUCGUCUGCUCGGGCUCCAUGGAGGUCCUGAAAGACAACACUGUGCUGGCCAUACUGGGUAAAGGAGAUCUGAUUGGCUCGGACUCCCUGACGAAGGAGCAGGUGAUCAAGACCAACGCCAACGUCAAGGCGCUGACCUACUGCGACCUGCAGUACAUCAGCCUGAAGGGCCUCCGCGAGGUCCUGCGCCUCUACCAGUACGCCCAGAAGUUCAUCAGCGAGAUCCAGCACGACCUCACGUACAACCUGCGGGAGGGCCACGGCGCCGAUGCCGACUGGGAGAGCAACGGCGGCCUGGUGAAGAAGCUGCCGUCCAUCCGCGAGGACGACGAGGACGGCGGCGGCGGCGAGGAGCAGCGCUCGGUGUCCUGCGCCCCCCGCUCGCCGCUGCACCUGGGCCGGGGCCUCAGCUCGCCGCUCCGCUCCCCCCUGCUGCCCCCCCGGCCCUUCAGGGCCCCGUCCGAGCACCUGCGGCCCUCCACCCUGCAGAUCCCCGUGGUCAGCUUCAGCAGCGCGCCGCCCGAGCUCAGCCCCAGAUUUGUGGACGGCAUCGAAACGGAGAGCAACUCCACGUCUUCCCAGAAGUUUGAGUUCAGUCCCAGCCUGUCACCUGCUGCCCCGCCCUCCCCGUACCCAGGGAUCCGGGAGCACACUGAGAUCAGGCAGAGUGUGUCCAAACUGACGGAGGAGAUGAACAGCCUCUCCAGACAAGUGUCCCGGCUGAGCCAGGAGCUGCAGGAGAUGACCCGGCUGCUGAGGCCGCUGCUCCAGACGGCCACGCCCCCCCUUCUGACGGCCACGCCCCCUGUCCAGACGGCAGCGGCGCCCGUCCAGACGGCCACGCCCCCCGUUCUGACGGCCACGCCCCCUGUCCAGACGGCAGCGGUGCCUGUCCAGACGGCCACGCCCCCUGUUCUGACGGCCACGCCCCCUGCUCUGACGGCCACGCCCCCUGCUCUGACGGCCACGCCCCCUGUCCAGACAGCGGCACCACCCAUCCUAACAGCGACGGCCCCCGUUGUGACGGCGGCGGCGCCCGUACUGACGCCCCCCGUCAUACCAAACCCCACACUCCCAGCGCCGCCCUGCCCCCUCCGGAGGGCGGAGACUCACUCUCUGCUGGACGGCGGCGACCUGGAGGGCGUGGAUCUGCCACGCUGCCUCCUGCCGACGCCCCACCCCCUGCAGAGGCCGGACUCAUCUCUGUCAGCGGCGCCAUGCGGCAUGGGGGCGGCGCCGGGUGGCGUGGGGGCGCCGGGCGGCGCGGGGGCGGCGCCGGGCAGCGUGGGGGCGGCACUGGGUGGUGUUGGGGUAACAACUUCCAUGGUGGAAGGACUUCCAGGAGGGUCUCCUGUCCCCAGAAGCCUGCCCCCCAGUAAUGGCGUCCUCCCGCAGGAUCAGCCCCCCUCCCCCUCCCCCUGCCGGGCUCCCCACCCGUCCCGCCCCUCCAGGCUCCCCCCCACCGGCGCCACCUCAACCCCCGGUGCCGCCACCCGGCCCUCCGCCCUGUCCCUGCCCUCCGCCCUGGACUCCAGGAGGCGGGACGUCUGGACGCCGUUCUGGUGCGGCCCGCCGCACGGCGAGGAGCUGGAGAUGGAGGAGCGGGGGCGGGGCCGGGGGCGGGGCCGGGGGGCGGAGGAGGGGCGGGCCUCCAUGGAGCACAUCAGCUUCAUCGACGAGGAGGAGGCGGCGCCGUGA